UCUAAAAUAUUCAAAUGUGUUUUAUUGUUUUCGGAUUUUGUAUAGAUCUAUUAUCAAGUCUUAUAGAUCGUUUAAUGUAAAAUUAGGAGCUAAAUGGUCUUCUUUUUUUAAACAAUUUGAUUUAGUUUUUCUUACAGACAAGAAAGUAUCUAUUAGAAUUUUACAGCCUAGUGGUUAUCUUGUGAAACUUGUUUCUUCAUUCUUUCAAACAUUCAUGUGCUGUUUAAAUUCAUUUGUCUGGAUAUAAAUAUUUUACUUGUUUUUCUUUUUUUUUUUUCUUCAAUGAGAAGAAGCCUACUUUUGGCUACAUUUAAUUUUUGUUUUGAGAGACAAGACUGAGUAAACACUUAACAAAACCUGAUUAGAUAUGAAUUCUCUUGGAUUAUUUAUAUUCUUUAUUGGUCUCACGACUGUCAAGUGUUCUCAUUUUGGAGGUGGUAUUUUCACGUGGGCACCAACUGAUGAUGGAACACAGAUAACAGUUAAUUUCCGUAUUUCCUGGGCAUUUUAUCAUGCCAACUGUGAUGCCCAGACAGUCGUUAAUCGGUCUCCACUCACUUCAGUGAGCAUGUCGUGUAUUACCGGCUGCUCCGGAACAAUAGGCAGUCUUGCAUUUUACUGCACAGACUUUAAGACUGGAGCAUGGAGCUCAGGAAUGAAUAGCUUCACAUAUAAUCCGUCGGUGAACCAGUUCACAUUUGGGUUUCAGAGUAGUGCCUGGUUUUCCUUACAAGAAGGUGGAUCGUCUUGGUCACUCAUAGCGACAGUUGACUUUGAGGAGCGAUCUGACACUGGAAAAAUAAACUCAUCACCAACAGUGGAUAUGCCACCUGUACUGUACUGGCAGCAUGGUUGUUCAUAUACGUUUACUUUACCUGUUUCGGAUAUUGACGGAGAUACUGUGAAGUGUCGCUGGGCAAGUUCAACUAAAGGUGAAUGUGGAGGUGUUUGCGAAACGUUUUCAGGUUCAGUGUUGGAUGAGUCGACAUGUGUCAUAACUUACACUGCCAACAAGGCCAUUGGAUAUUAUGCAGUAGCUUUGCAAAUAGAAGAUUUUGUUGAUGAGACAUCUACAACAGCGCUUAGCAGUAUACCUCUACAGUUUAUGGUCAACGUGUACUCCGGUACCGGGUGUUCUGACCAGUCAAAUUUUGUUUCUCCUACACCAGAUAAGGACACAAGCUAUUCCAUUGACAUUGGCGACACAAUAAGUUUUACAAUCAAGGUUCAAGGACCAAAUACGUUCCACCGAAUAAUAACAAUGUCUAAAAUAGUGAUCACAAGGUCAUCAGAGGUGAACUCAGCAGAUACAUCUUGGAAUUAUAUAACAAUGACAUCAACAUGGACAUCUUCCGACGCAGACGAGACACAUAAAGUCUGCUUCUAUUCCAGAGAUACAAUAGGAGUCACCAGUGAUACGAGAUGCAUUACUAUACAUGUAUCAGGAAACGACAAUGAUAACUGCAGUCCAGAACCAUGUCAAAACGGUGGCACGUGUACAGACGCAAUAGGUGAUUACAGCUGUGCGUGUAUAGAUGGAUAUACAGACAAAACCUGUUCAACGGACAUUGAUGAAUGUACUGAUGGGAGUAACAACUGUGAUGUAAAUGCUGAAUGUACAAAUACUGUUGGAAGCUUUACAUGCACUUGCAAUGAUGGUUACAUUAGUAAUGGGACAGCAUGUUCAGACAAAGAUGAAUGUAAUGAGGAUAGUAACAAUUGUGAUGUGAAUGCUGAAUGUAAAAAUACUGUUGGAAGCUUUACGUGCGCUUGCAAUGAAGGCUACUCUGGUAAUGGAACAACAUGCUCAGACAUUGAUGAAUGUGCUGAUGGUAGUAACAACUGUGAUGCCAAUGCUGAAUGUACAAAUACAAUUGGAAGUUUUACGUGCAGUUGCAAUGCUGGUUAUUCUGGUAAUGGAACAUCAUGUACAGACAUAAAUGAAUGCAAUGAUGAUAGUCACAACUGUGAUGUGAAUGCUGAAUGUACAAAUACAGUUGGAAACUUUACGUGUAGUUGCAAUGAAGGCUACUCUGGUAAUGGAACAACAUGCUCAGACAUUGAUGAAUGUGCUGAUGGUAGUAACAACUGUGAUGCCAAUGCUGAAUGUACAAAUACAAUUGGAAGUUUUACGUGCAGUUGCAAUGCUGGUUAUUCUGGUAAUGGAACAUCAUGUUCAGACAGAGAUGAAUGCAAUGAUGAUAGUCACAACUGUGAUGUGAAUGCUGAAUGUACAAAUACUGUUGGAAGCUUUACGUGCACUUGCAAUGAAGGCUACUCUGGUAAUGGAACAACAUGCUCAGACAUUGAUGAAUGUGCUGAUGGUAGUAACAACUGUGAUGCCAAUGCUGAAUGUACAAAUACAAUUGGAAGCUUUACGUGCAGUUGCAAUGCUGGUUAUUCUGGUAAUGGAACAUCAUGUUCAGACAUAAAUGAAUGCAAUGAUGAUAGUCACAACUGUGAUGUGAAUGCUAAAUGUACAAAUACAGUUGGAAACUUUACGUGCAGUUGCAAUGAAGGCUACUCUGGUAAUGGAACAACAUGCUCAGACAUUGAUGAAUGUGCUGAUGGUAGUAACAACUGUGAUGCCAAUGCUGAAUGUACAAAUACAAUUGGAAGUUUUACGUGCAGUUGCAAUGCUGGUUAUUCUGGUAAUGGAACAUCAUGUACAGACAGAGACGAAUGCAAUGAUGAUAGUCACAACUGUGAGGUGAAUGCUGAAUGUACAAAUACUAUUGGAAGCUUUACAUGCACUUGCAAUGAAGGCUACUCUGGUAAUGGAACAACAUGCUUAGACAUUGAUGAAUGUGCUGAUGGUAGUAACAACUGUGAUGCCAAUGCUGAAUGUACAAAUACAAUUGGAAGUUUUACGUGCAGUUGCAAUGCUGGUUAUUCUGGUAAUGGAACAUCAUGUACAGACAGAGACGAAUGCAAUGAUGAUAGUCACAACUGUGAGGUGAAUGCUGAAUGUACAAAUACUAUUGGAAGCUUUACAUGCACUUGCAAUGAAGGCUACUCUGGUAAUGGAACAACAUGCUUAGACAUUGAUGAAUGUGCUGAUGGUAGUAACAACUGUGAUGCCAAUGCUAAAUGUACAAAUACAAUUGGAAGCUUUACGUGCAGUUGCAAUGCUGGUUAUUCUGGUAAUGGAACAUCAUGUACAGACAGAGACGAAUGCAAUGAUGAUAGUCACAACUGUGAGGUGAAUGCUGAAUGUACAAAUACUGUUGGAACCUUUACAUGCACUUGCAAUGAAGGCUACUCUGGUAAUGGAACAACAUGCUUAGACAUUGAUGAAUGUGCUGAUGGUAGUAACGACUGUGAUGCCAAUGCUAAAUGUACAAAUACAAUUGGAAGCUUUACGUGCAGUUGCAAUGCUGGUUAUUCUGGUAAUGGAACAUCAUGUUCAGACAUAAAUGAAUGCAAUGAUGAUAGCCACAACUGUGAUGUGAAUGCUGAAUGUACAAAUACAGUUGGAAACUUUACGUGCAGUUGCAGUGAAGGCUACUCUGGUAAUGGAACGACAUGCUCAGACAUUGAUGAAUGUGCUGAUGGUAGUAACAACUGUGAUGCCAAUGCUGAAUGUACAAAUACAAUUGGAAAUUUUACAUGCAGUUGCAAUGCUGGUUAUUCUGGUAAUGGAACAUCAUGUUCAGACAUAAAUGAAUGCAAUGAUGAUAGUCACAACUGUGAUGUGAAUGCUGAAUGUACAAAUACAGUUGGAAACUUUACGUGCAGUUGCAAUGAAGGCUACUCCGGUAAUGGAACAACAUGCUCAGACAUUGAUGAAUGUGCUGAUGGUAGUAACAACUGUGAUGCCAAUGCUGAAUGUUCAAAUACAAUUGGAGGUUUUACGUGCAGUUGCAAUGCUGGUUAUUCUGGUAAUGGAACAUCAUGUUCAGACAUAAAUGAAUGCAAUGGUGAUAGUCACAACUGUGAUGUGAAUGCAGAAUGUACAAAUACUGUUGGAAGCUUUGCGUGCAGUUGCAAUGAAGGCUACUCUGGUAAUGGAACAACAUGCUCAGACAUAGAUGAAUGUGCUAAUGAUAGUAACAAAUGUGAUGCCAAUGCUGAAUGUACAAAUACAAUUGCAAGUUUUACGUGUAGUUGCAAUGCUGGUUAUUCUGGUAAUGGAACAUCAUGUUCUGACAUAGAUGAAUGUAAUGGUGAUAGUCACAACUGUAAUGUGAAUGCUGAAUGUACAAAUACUGUUGGAAGCUUUACGUGCACUUGCAAUGAAGGCUUCUUUGGUAAUGGAACAACAUGCUCAGACAAUGAUGAAUGUGCUGAUGGUAGUAACAACUGUGAUGCCAACGCUGAAUGUACAAAUACAAUUGGAAGUUUUACGUGUAGUUGCAAUGCUGGUUAUUCUGGUAAUGGAACAUCAUGUUCAGACAUAAAUGAAUGCAAUGAUGAUAUUCACAACUGUGAUGUGAAUGCUGAAUGUACAAAUACUGUUGGAAGCUUUGCGUGCACUUGCAAUGAAGGCUACUCUGGUAUUGGAAGAACAUGCUCAGACAUUGAUGAAUGUGCUGAUGGUAGUAACAACUGUGACGCCAAUGCUGAAUGUACAAAUAUAAUUGGAAGUUUUACGUGCAGUUGCAAUGCUGGUUAUUCUGGUAAUGGAACAUCAUGUUCAGACAUAGAUGAAUGUAAUGAUGACAGUCGCAACUGUAAUGUGAAUGCUGAAUGUACAAAUACUAUUGGAAGCUUUACGUGCUCUUGUAAUGAAGGCUACUUUGGUAAUGGAACAACAUGCUCAGACAAUGAUGAAUGUGCUGAUGGUAGUAACAACUGUGAUGCCAAUGCUGAAUGUACAAAUACAAUUGGAAGUUUUACGUGUAGUUGCAAUGCUGGUUAUUUUGGUAAUGGAACAUCAUGUUCAGACAUAGAUGAAUGUAAUGAUAAUAGUCACAACUGUGAUGUGAAUGCUGAAUGUACAAAUACUGUUGGAAGCUUUGCGUGCACUUGCAAUGAAGGCUACUCUGGUAAUGGAACAACAUGCUCAGACAUUGAUGAAUGUGCAGAUGGUAGUAACAACUGUGAUGCCAAUGCUGGAUGUACAAAUACAAUUGGAAGUUUUACAUGCAGUUGCAAUGCUGGUUAUUCUGGUAAUGGAACAUCCUGUUCAGACACAGAUGAAUGUUAUGAUAAUGGUAACAACUGUGAUGUGAAUGCUGAAUGUAUGAAUACUGUUGGAAGCUUUACGUGCACUUGCAAUGAAGGUUACUCUGGUAAUGGAACAACAUGCUCAGACAUUGAUGAAUGUACUGAUGAUAGUAACAACUGUGAUGCCAAUGCUGAAUGUACAAAUACUGUUGGAAGCUUUACGUGCAGUUGCAAUGCUGGUUAUUCUGGUAAUGGAACAUCAUGUUCAGACUUAGAUGAAUGUAAUGAUGAUAGUAACAACUGUGAUGUGAAUGCUGAAUGUACGAAUACUGUUGGAAGCUUUACGUGUACUUGCAACAAAGGCUACUCUGGUAAUGGAACAACAUGCUCAGACUUUGAUGAAUGUACUGAUAAAAGCAACAACUGUGAUAUUAAUGCUAAAUGUACAAAUACAUUUGGAAGCUUUACGUGCACUUGCAAUGAAGGUUAUACUAGUAAUCGAACAUCAUGUAUAGACAUAGAUGAAUGUAAUGCUGGAAGUAACAAUUGUGAUGUGACUGCUGAAUGUAAGAAUACUGUUGGAAGCUUUACGUGUAAUUGCAAUGAAGGCUUUUCUGGUAAUGGAACAACAUGCUCAGAUAUUGAUGAAUGUACUGAUCGUAGCAACAACUGUGAUAUAAAUGCUGAAUGUACAAAUACUGUUGGAAGCUUUUCAUGCACUUGUAUUGAUGGUUAUUCUGGUAAUGGAACAGCAUGUUCAGACAUUGAUGAAUGUACGGAUGGUAGCAACAACUGUGAUAUAAAUGCUGAAUGUACAAAUACUGUUGGAAGCUUUUCAUGCACUUGUAUUGAUGGUUAUUCUGGUAAUGGAACAGCAUGUUCAGAUGAAAAUGAAUGUAAUGAUGGAAGUAACAAAUGUGAUGUUAAUGCUGAAUGUACAAAUACUGUUGGAAGCUUUACGUGCACUUGCAAUGAAGGCUACUCUGGUAAUGGAACAACAUGCUCAGACAUUGAUGAAUGUACGGAUGGAAGUAACAACUGUGAUGCAAAUGCUAAAUGUACAAAUACUGUUGGAAGCUUUACAUGCACUUGCAAUGAUGGCUACACUGGUAAUGGAACAGCAUGUUUAGACAUAGAUGAAUGUAUUGACGGAAGUAACAACUGUGAUGCGAAUGCUGAAUGUACAAAUAAUAUUGGAAGCUUUACGUGUACUUGCAACAAAGGCUACUAUGGUAAUGGAACAACAUGCUCAGACAUUGAUGAAUGUACUGAAGAUAGUAACAACUGUGACGUAAAUGCAGAAUGUACAAAUACAAUUGGAAGCUUUAUCUGCACUUGCAAUAAGGGCUACUCUGGUAAUGGAACAACAUGCUUAGUUGCUAUCGGAGGUGCAUGUGAGAACAAUGAUAUUUGUCGAACUCCCGGUGCAAAGUGUAUCAAUAGCACAUGCAGUUGUAAGACAGGUAUUCACAAUGAGGAGGUCGAUGUCUGUGAUGCAAUGUUUUUAUAUCCUUUCGGCGUCCGCAACGGUGACCAAGUCUUAAUGGAAACUGAUGAUUCUUGUAGUAAACCUAUUCGUUUCCAAUACGGCAUUCCUGUCUUUGAGCAUGCGCAUACAACAGCUUACGUCUGCACAAAUGGAUUGAUAAGCUUGAACGUUACAUACACGAACCCAGUGCCGAACAGAAACAUAUCACUUUAUGGCAAGAGAACUGUUGUAGCCCCUUUCUUUGCUGAUACUGAUAUGACAACAUCAGGAGCAGUGUAUUACAGAUAUUUAGACGUGUUAAAUAAUGCUGAAGAGUUAAAAAAUAAUGAUGUAAGACAUGUUGAAGCUAUGAUUGAGAGAUUAGGAGGUGUUACAGCGUUUAAUGCAAAAUUCAUACUGUUUGCAACAUGGGACAAGGUGAUGCCUUUUCAGGAUAUAUUUAAUACAACAACGGAGGCAACUUUUCAGGCAGUUAUAGUGACAGAUGGGAUUGACACAUACACACUAUUUAUAUAUGGGUAUAAAUCAAUGCUUUGGACAAUGGCAAAUGAACUGAAAACGAGCCCAGAUAUUUGGAUAGGCUAUACGGCUUCUGGGAAAAGCUCUACAAAUAUAAACUCCUUUAAAACUACCGCUCUGCUGAUGGAUUCACAUGCUCUUACAAAAGGUAUAUCAGGAUUGUUGUUCAGUCGUCUGACGCCAAUAGGUGUGCGACUUCCAAAUGCUGCAAUGAUGUGUUUAGACUGGUUCAAUGAAAACAAACAUAAAAAGUCGGAUUUUCAAGAAUUGUCAGGAAAUGGAAUGCCGGACUGUCCGUGCAAUUUGGAUAGUCUUUCCUUUGAUCCAUGGUAUUGGCCAGCAGACGAAACAGGAGAAGACAACUCGACAACAUUCACUGUAGAAAUUUUGCCCUCACAAUUAUUUGGACAGAGCGGAAAGACCUGUUCCUACAAUAAGACAACUGGUCUGUGGACAAACGAGAUUCCAGAGGCCGGUGGAUUAUACAUUUAUCAUCCGGACAAGUCAUUAUCUAACCACAUAAUUCAUGAUAUCGAACCAAAACAGUUCUGCUGUGAUGAAUCAAGCUUAUGUAGUGUGUACUAUGAUCUGCAUCCAAUCGGAAAUUGCUACAAGGAGACGUGGUUUCAAACGGGAAGUUCAUGGGGUGAUCCACAUUUUGACACUCUCGACAAGAAGAAUUUUACCUUCAACGGCCUUGGAGAAUACAGUCUAAUCAAAAUUAAAACAGACAAGGACGAAUUUGAUUUACAAGCGCGUACUGACCGAGCUGUCAAGGAAGAUGGAACGCUUUCAUAUGCAACGAUAUUCAAAGCGUUUGCAGCACAAGAUCAUACAAACGCUUCUUUCCAUGCAGAACUAAAUAAUGAUAAAGACGGACUUAUUCUGUACGGAAAUGGAGCUGAUCUGUCUUUGAUGUACAAUGAAAACAACCAGAAGUCGUUUAGAUAUAAGUCUGAAGAAAACAAUCUUGCUAUAAUUCGCAGGAACGACACACUUGUUGUAUUCUUCCCUAACACUGGUAUAUCCUUGAAUAUUUCGGUCGGUGUCCAGAUGUUAUCAAUUAGUGCAACUGUUCCAAAGAUAUUCAAGAACAAGACCAAAGGAUUGCUUGGCAAUUUCGACGGUGAUCCUGACAAUGACUUUUUCACUCCCAACGGAAGUGUUUUACCUAGUAAUCUGGACGAAAAAGAAAUAUUUUAUUAUGGACAGUCAUGGCAGAUUGGUGCGGACAGUUCCGUCUUCUACUAUAGCGAUCGUCUGGGCCCAGCAGAUUAUAGUAAUGCAAGUUAUAUACCAAAAUUUCUGAUGGAUGCAAAUAAGACAAAAGUGGAAGAAGCUAAACGAAUUUGUGGCGGAGAUGAAAAUGUCCAAUGUGUGUUUGAUUACGUGUUCACCGAAGAUAAGAACGUUGCGAGACAUACAAAAAAUACAAAGACAAAAGCUGAUGAAGCAUCGAUAGAAAUUGACAAAAAGAUUCCUUCAUUGGAUGGCUGUGAUGUGUUGCACAUCACAAAAGGCGACCAGGUUAGUUGUCCUUUGAAGAUACCCGACGGAGAGGGACUUGAGUUUAACUUCAUUGACAACACCGCUAACGCUACAUAUAACUCUGCAGAACGGACAGUCAUAUACAGACAUGAUAACGAUUUACCUGUGACAAUAAGCAUUUCGGUCGUAAACCAAGACAACAAAUCAUCAACACCAUUCAGAGUAAAUGUACAUUUCUGUUCGGGUUGUCAUGGCCACGGUGUUUGUACAGACAUCAUUAGAAUUGAUCCAAGAGAAACAGAACAUUUCAAAUACAGAGAAUGUGAUUGCGAGCCUCAAUAUGAAGGUUUAGACUGUGAAGAUGACUUUGACGGUUGUGCUGCAAAUCCAUGCUCUUUGAACAGAGAAUGUACAAGUUUGACUGCAGCAGAGCAAAUAGCCCGCAACAAAACUCACAUCUGUGGUAAUUGCCCCGAUGGAUUUUCUCAAGAUGGAGAUAAAUGCAUCGAUAUUAAUGAAUGUGAAGAAGAAUCAGCUUUCUGUGAGCAUAACUGCGUUAACACAGAUGGAUCGUUUGAUUGUGUAUGCAACCAUGGAUACCGAUCAAGUUCAAAAAAUAGAAGUCGUUGUAAUGAUAUCAACGAAUGUGAUGAAGCUAUGCACAACUGUACCCAAGAAUGUGUGAAUACAAAUGGGGGAUUCAACUGUACUUGUAAGACAGGUUUCACGUUUAAUGUCACAACAUGGACAUGUAUGAAAGCUGAUGUUAACGUUUGUGAAGAAACUGAAAUUGACUGCAGUGAAACUGCUGGAUGUACGAUUGAUGAAGACUCUAACCCUGUUUGCUUCUGUGAAUCCGGAUUUGAACUUUCAGAAAAUGGAACUUCCUGCACAGAUGUAAAUGAAUGUGAAAGCAAUGUCUGCCCACAAAGCUGCAAUAACUAUAUUGGAGGAUUUGCUUGUUUUUGCUAUGCAGGAUUUAAACUUCAGGAUGAAACUACUUGUCAAGAAUGUGAAUAUCCGUUAUGGGGUCAUAAUUGUAAAAACGAAUGCAAAUGUACCGGACAAGGAACUUUUGACUGCGACCCAGUCCGUGGCUGUAUAUGCAGAGAAGGUUGGUAUGGUGACACGUGCGAUGACGACAUAGAUGAAUGUGACGUAAAGGCUGAUCCAUGCAAUGAUGUGAGAAAGGAAUGCUUUAAUGUACCUGGAGGUUACACAUGCAAAUGUAGAAAUGGAUUUACAGAGAAAAAUGACGAGUGCAUUGACAUUGAUGAGUGUUCAAGUCCUUUACUUAACGACUGCACACAGACAUGUGAUAAUACUGUUGGUGGUUUCACAUGUGGUUGUUACAGUGGUUUCACAAAACACAACAGAACACAUUGUCAAGAUAUUGACGAGUGUUCACUCAGACAACAUAGCUGUGAACAGAAAUGUCUGAACUUUCCAGGCCUAUACAACUGUUACUGUCAUUUUGGUUACAUACUUGAAGAUGACAGGAGGACCUGCAAGAAAGUUUCAGACCCCUGUAAAUCGGAGCUGAACCUCACGUGUUCCCACUACUGCGUUCUUGGGCUUGACUCCGCCGCGUGCCACUGCCGCCAAGGAUUUAAUCUUGCAUCAGAUGAACAGGCUUGCCUAGACAUAGACGAAUGUUCUGAUACAAAACUAAAUUUAUGCAGCGACAAUGCAGAAUGUGUAAACAUAGAGGGUUCGUUUUUGUGUAACUGCCCUACAGGUUCAAAACUUGAUAACGACGGUAGAACAUGUUCUGAAUGCGACCAGUAUCAUUAUGGUGAAAAAUGUUUAAAAAGAUGCAGUUGCCUCAACGGAUAUUGCGAUCGUAUUACAGGUUGUGUAUGCCGUCCUGGGUGGACUGGUGAAAAUUGUGACAAAGACCUCGAUGAAUGCUCUGGUAGUGUUUGUAAAAUAUCUAAUACAGAAUGUGUGAACACACCAGGUAGCUUCUUGUGUAGAUGUAAGUCGGGCUACGAAACAGAAAAUGAUACAUGUAAAGAUAUUAACGAAUGUUCCGAUGUAAAACUGAAUUCUUGUGAUCAGAUAUGCACAAAUACGAUCGGAUCAUAUGUCUGUAGCUGCGAGACAGGAUUUGUGUUUCGUGAUGGCAAAUGUGAAGACCUAGAUGAAUGCGCGGGAAAAUCAAAAUUUUGUGACCAAGAAUGCGACAAUACAGUUGGCGGUUAUAGAUGUUCAUGUCGGGAUGGAUUCCGACUUGAUACGACUAACAGGCAGUCAUGCAUUCCAAAGAAAAAUUGUAAUGAGACAGAGGAAGACGAAUGUUUGAUCAAGAAAGCUGAAUGUAUAAUUAUCAACGGAAAAUCUAAAUGCUCAUGUCUUACAGGCUAUACGUUUAACGACGACGGCUUGUGCGAAGAUGAAAAGGAAUGCUCAGAAAUUCCAACACCGUGCAACCACAAAUGUUUGGAAACUGAUGGUGGAUUUAACUGUGCCUGUGAACCGGGAUUUUAUCUUUUGCCAGAUGAAAUAACAUGCCAAGAAUGUGAUGAAGGGAGUUAUGGAGAUGGUUGCAAGUCAAUAUGUAACUGCAGUUUAUACAACACGAAGUCAUGCAACCCAGUCAAUGGUUCGUGUGACUGCCUUGGCGGCUGGGAAGGAGACAGAUGCGAUGUUGAUAUCAACGAAUGUGAACUCAUGCGAGUUCCAGAGUGCCCUGAUAACUCAGAAUGUGUCAAUACAGAAGGGUCCUUCCUCUGCGAAUGUAAUAUAGGCUAUUUGAAGACAGCUGACGGAGUUUGCGAAAUUUGUGACAGACAAUGGUAUGGCAAGGAUUGUUCUUCAAAGUGUAGUUGUGUAUCGGAAAAUACCGAUAUAUGUAGCAAUACGGAUGGUACUUGUACUUGUAAAAAGGGUUGGAUUGGUGAAAACUGCACUGAAGAUGUUGAUGAAUGUGGUGAAACUUUGGAUAUAUGCUUAGGAAAUGACAAUGCCAUAUGCCACAAUACAUUGGGGUCUUAUAGAUGCGAUUGUGCGAUGGGCUAUGUUUCACAAAACAAUACAUGCAUAGAUAAAAACGAAUGUCUAGAUGGUACAGCAAAGUGUCUUCAAGAGUGCGUUAAUACGGGUGGUAGUUAUAUCUGUAAAUGUUCCCUUGGUUACCAGGGAUACUGGAACAGCUGUAAAGUAUGCUCAAGUAACAUGUAUGGUGAAAACUGUACAGGAGCAUGCCGCUGUAAUACAACAAACACGCUAAACACGGUACAGUCAUGUGAUAUCCAGAGUGGACAGUGUCGCUGUAAACCUGAGUGGAAUGGAGACACGUGCGAAACUGACGUCAAUGAAUGUUUGAAUGACGGAGCUUGUGCUAAGAAAAAACAUUCUGGUUGUAUUAAUAUUCCCGGGUCUUACAGAUGUGACUGCCUGAGAGGGUUCCAGGAAACUGACGGCAAAUGUGUUGCUGAAGAAAUAACAACUAUUCCACCAAUUUCAGGUGAUUCACGAGAGUUGAAUUUGAGCUUACGACUAGAUGUUUCACCGGGUGUAAAUCUGAAUACAUCGGUGGGCUACAAAACUGUCAAACAGAAUGUCAAGGAGGCGCUUUCAAACUACUUCUGCAAUAAUACAGGGGACAAGUGUACGUUACGAAUUAAUGAUAUCAGGACCGGGAGUAUAAUUGUUGAUUUCACGAUUAUUUACGAGUCCACGAAUACAGAUCUCGGUACAAGUCUUGCCAACGCAGCUGUCGAUUUAGUUACCGGAAGUACGCUGGAAUAUACCGGAAAUCCUGUGAGGGCUAACCUAAUAGGACCCUUUGACAACGAUUCUAGUGUAUGUGAAAUAUAUACUCAAGUUCAAGGGCCUUGUCCACCUGCUUCUAAAUGCUCUGAAGUAAAUGGAAGUCCAACAUGCAGGGAAAUACCGACUGAAGAUAUCUUUUCCUUGUAUAUUGGUCUUGGAGCUGGGUGUGUGUUGGUCAUUUUGAUACUGCUGAUAUUUGCACUUGCUAUUCGUAAACUCCGAGAGAGGCGGGAGAGAAAGAAACAAGCAUUUACACAUAUUAAUAGGUUGCACAGGGAUGGUCAUUUUCCGACACCUCCAUUACUGGCUGACAAAACGGAAGAAAAGGUGCCACAAGUUACAACAACGCCACUACGUCUGCCAAUGUCUGACAACAGAACCAGAUAUUUGGAAAGUCAUCAGGGUAGGCAAGGUAUGGUGUGGAAGCAGUCUAGAUCACAGAAUUUUGGAAUAGAGAAAGGGCAAGGCAUGUUACCGAGGUUUGAUCCAUCUGUAUUGCGCCCUCCACCAAUAUCUAACCCACAGGAAUCGUCAUGGUUACCAGAUAACGACAUUCCAGACGAUUUCUUAAAUCGCUAAAUGCAUUAUCUUAUCUGGCAGCUGAGGACAAUGUGAAUGACAAGAGUACUUCAGAUCUAAGAUAAAGAACAAACUCACCACUGUCGAUAAUUUUCAUCUAUAAUCAUUUUGUAGAAUUCAAACUUUCGUUCAGCAGGAUGUAAGGUCUAUGUAAUAAUGUACAGAAAUGUAGUUGACAACUGAUUUGACGAUAAGCCGAAUAUUGCAACAGUCAGUGUAUCCGGCUUCGCAUACAUUUCUUAGGUAUAUUUCUGUUUAGCUAAAAUGAUUAAAAUUUGAAAUUUUCUCUACAUGUUUUAAUAAACACACUUGUUUCGUUUUAAAACAAGUUACUUUCACUUCCCGCUACAAUAACGUCAUACCUCUUGGCUAACGUAAUUUGACCAGUUGUUGCACUUCUGAGUACCUGGUUGGGAACAACCCUUGGUGUCAAAUUAUGUAGGGAAUAACUCAGUUUCGUGAAAUAAUAACAAAGAAUUGUUAUAUCUUCUGCUUUAUUUUCACGAAGUACGUCAAUUUGCUGGAUUUGCGAAAACGCACACAAUGCUAGGCCGGGUACACUGACUCUAGCUUUGCGCAUGCGUGAAUUUUCGCUAUAUAAAGAUAGUUAAACCCUUUUUGUAUCAUUUAAUCAUUUUAAAUUCAAAUAAACGACCCGUGGGUAUAAGACUCUACGUCCAUAUAUUAUUCUUUAACUUGCUUUCACGAAUAAAGUAGGAAACUAGCGUGUCCCAAGGUAACAGUUUUCCUCCAAUUAGUGAUCUGAAAGAAAUGUGAUUUUGUGACGGAUCAACGAGUGUUAUCGAAACUUCAUAAUAAUGAAAGUAAACAAUGCUCUAAUGUUUAUGCUAUGUGGAAGUCCGGUCAUUAUAGGAGUUUACAACAUGUUUGACAACAUGCCCAGUUUUACGUUCUGAGCGAAAGAAAAGCGUCCCUGGAGCAUACCAGCAGGUUUUUUGCCUCUCGUGAAGAAGAAAUAUGCUAUUCUUUUCAAAACGUAUAAUUUUCCAUGAAUUAUUCAGCUAAUAUUUUAUUUCGAAUGUGAUGGAAACAGGUUAAGAAGUCUAGUCAUGGCGCAUCUUAUUAAUAUGUCCGUUUUAUAUUUCAUAUAGGAAGAACUUAUUUCAUAUCUAGAUUAGAUGACGCUAUAUAUUGUAGAGUUCAUUAUUUAAUAUUUCUCCUUCUGUAUAAACAGUUGCAGUAAGCUCACAAGCGAUCUAGGAAAACAUGGAUCUAACGAAGCGUUAUUUCAAUGAAAUGGAAUUAACGUUCAAAUGACGUUAGUAUUUACAAUAUUUAGUAGAGCCCCACAUUUAGACCAACAUGAAAUACGAUUAAAGCCCCAAGUUAAGAUAUUUUUUCGUACAGAUAUUUUUUCUAUGUUUAUUUGAUCAAAUCUCGUGUUACCAAAAAUGUUCGUAAUUCUAAUUCUGCGUAACGUCUUUGCAUUUCUAAAUUUUCUGUACGAUGUGUUUUUGCAUAUAUUAUGUUUUAUAAUAAUGAUGGACGUUUAAAGAAAAAUUCUUAUUAACCAGAUUUUAUAUUGUUUUUCUAAGGUUACCCUAAACAAUCACGAUUGUCACUGAUAACAAGACAUUAUACGGAUGAAUCAUCUAUACAAUUAAAACAAAUAAAAGGUUGACAUGACAAGAUUUUUAUUGUGUCCAAUAGAACUACCAAGCUGUGUUUUAAAUUGAUUUCUAGGGACAUGGGGGUACUGUACAUAUCAUCACAUUCUGUCAGAAUUAUUUCUAUUUUUGAUGUUCUUUAAAUGUGAUACAUAAGCACAGAUAGUGCAUGACUGACUCAGUCUGUAUUGUUGUUAGUUGAUUUGUUAUAAAUAAUAGAAUGGGUCAUCUGUAGGUAAUUUAGGUUAAUUAUGGUGAUAGCUAGAUCCCAGCAUCACACAUUAUGUUAUAUACAAUUGUAAAAGGGAACCGACUAUUUGUUAGAGCAAGUACACGUUGUAAAAUACUAUGUUCGAAUUUGGACCGAUAGGAAACCAUUUCUAUAAAUAGCAUCAAUCAAAGCGCACUUCUGCUAGGGUAAAGAUAGUGUAACACAAACAACAACAAAAAUCUACUAUUGAAAAUUACAUUAUUUAAUGUAUUAUAAAAAGUGCCAAAGCUCCUCCCUGAGAUAACAAAAAAAACCUGACCAUUUCUAGGUAUUUUUCCCACCUAAUUAUCGUGGAAGAAGCACCGAUGUAAAGUCAUUAAUUGUAA